AUGUCUUCUCUUUCCGUCGCUGAUUUGUUUGGGGUCAAGGGUCGGGUGGCCCUGGUGACAGGCGGCUGCAGUGGGAUAGGAUUGAUGAUAGCAAAGGGCCUGGUCUCCAAUGGGGCAAAGGUCUAUGUGACUGCAUUGCCCACAGACGACAUCUCAGGGCCGGUGGCGGAGCUCAACCAGCUGGGAAAAAGUGCUGGGGGCAGCGCUAUAGGGUUUGCCAGCGAUGUGUCGUCCAAGGAAGGCAUUGCAGCCCUGGCAGCUGAGCUCGAGAAGCACGAAACCCACCUCGACAUUCUCUGUUCCAAUGCAGGCAUUCGACGAGACCCGCCACGCAUGUGCAAUGUCAAGACGGCCUCGCUCGACGAGUUGCAGGCGUCGUUAUGGUCUUCUAGGCAUUCGGAUUGGGACGACACCUUCCGGGUCAACGUGACGGCGCAUUACUUCUUGUCCGUCGCUCUGUUGAAGUUGCUGGUGGCGGCCAGUGAGCUUGAUCUGGGCAAUGGAAGACGAGGCAGAGACGAAGGACGCGGUGUCAUGAUCAUCACCAGCAGCUGCGCCAGCAUGCACAACUGUACCAACGUCGACUUGACCAGCUACGCCGCCAGUAAAGCGGCCAUUGACCACCUGGUGGCACUGUUGGCGAGCAAGUUUGCCAAAUGGUAUGUACGGGUCAACGCCAUCAAUCCAGGCUUCGUGCCCAGUAGGAUGAAUCCCGUGGAGGAGGGUGAGAACCAGUUCGCCGAGCUGUUCAAGGCGAUGCCCGCGGCACGAAUAGGAAAGCUGGAAGACAUUGCCGGGGCUAUCCUCUACCUCAGCAGUGAAGCAGGAGCUUACGUGGAUGGAAGAUGUUUAUGUGUCGACGGUGGCCGAGUGCUGUUGGCGAACGGACAGUGA